CUACAUUUUGUUUUAUUAUAACUGACAGAUGAAAAAAUGUUGCAGGGAAACCCUAAGCAACAGAAUAACCGGUCUUGCCGUUGCGAGUGUCCUGCGAUGGUCAGAUUACUAAGAGCUAUAGACAAUGGAUGGUACACUGUAGAGCACCGGUCAAGUCACAAUCAUUCCAUGUCUCUUACGUGCGGAGAAAAGGUUCAUUGGCCAUCCCACAAACACAUAGACGUUUACACAAAAGACUUGUUGAAACAACUUAGGGCAGACAAUGUGAACCUCAACAAGGUGUAUAUCAUAGUUGGCAGCUUCUUCGGUUCAUCACAGGGCGUACCUUUCACAAAAAGGUCAUUGCGCAAUCUGUGUGGGCAAAUAAGCCGAGACCAAGCUGAUGAUGAUGUCAACAAAACUCUAGCCGUGUUCAAAGAGAUUCAGCAGAACGACACGGAAUUCACCUACAGAGUCCAGGGCGAUGAGGAGAGCAGAAUCAAAGACCUUAUGUGGACAAACGGAAAAAGCAAGUUGCAGUACAAGUUCUUCGGCGAUGUUAUCACAUUCGACACGACGUAUCGGACGAACUCGUACGACAUGCCCUUUGGUUUGUUCGUUGGAGUGAACAAUCAUUUUCAAAGCAUAAUACUAGCUGGUAUUCUGAUGCGUGAUGAACAAGUGGAGAGCUUCCAAUGGUUAUUUUCUGAAUUCAUCAACAUGAUGGGCGGCAAACAUCCGCAGACAAUAUUGACAGACCAAGCAAGAGCCAUGGAGAUAGCAAUCAAAAGUGAGCUUCCUGAUACUGUCCACAGGUGGUGCAAGUGGCAUAUUCUUAAGAAGGCAAAAGAAAACCUUGGCCCACUGUACACAAGCAAAAGCGAGUUCAGGGCUGAAUUUCACAAAGUCGUGAAUCACAUGAUAAGUGAAGAGGAAUUUGAGACUGCAUGGGGUGCACUUGUUGAGAAAUACAAUUUAAAAUCCCACAAUUACAUGAGAAACCUCUACGAGAUACGUCAUAAGUGGGCGAAGCCAUACUUCAAGGGCGUCUUCUGUGCGAAAAUGACCAGCACCCAGCGUAGCGAGAGCGCCAACAACAUGCUGAAGAUUUACAUGCCGCCAGCUAGCCCAAUGCAUGUGAUGGAUCACAUUGGCGUGCAGGAGAUACCAAAGCGGCACAUUUUAAAAAGGUGGACAAAAGAUGCUAGGGACAUCUUGCCACAACACAUUGCUCACUUCCAGAAAGGCCAGGCUGCUAAUCAAUCAUUUACCCUUCGGAGUUUGACUCUGUACCUGUAUGCUAUGGAACUGGUGCGGAUUGGAGACUCGUCAGUCGCUUCGUACGAGCUGGUACUAUCAAAGAUCAAAGACCUGAUCAUAGAGGCAUCUCCUUUGGCUGAAAACAGGGAUGGUCUAGGGAUUGAGGAUAAGAUAGCUGCAGAAGCAAGCAAAAAGAACAAUGGAUCAGGUAUGCCAGUGGGAAGCAUCGAUCCGGAUAUAGUUGACAAUGAGAACAACAUGACCGCAUCUGGCAACUGGGAUGCGCUCGCUGGUGUCAACUCCACUCAAGAAACAUGGUGUUGGACGACCAUGCUCGAGCAGAGAGAAAGCAACGUAUUAAGGCCUGAGCAGGAGGGCCAGAUUCUGAAGUAUAUGUAA